GAGACGAAAUGUGAUGGGUUUUCUAAUGCUUGGUUUGCGUCAAUUUGGGGAUGCAGGAGCUGUGACUAUGUCUUUGUGAGCGCUACUGGUCGUUCCGGGGGCAUUCUUUUAUCCUGGGAUGUAAGUAUUUUUGGUAAAGAGUCAGAUUUCAAGGGUGAUCACUUCUGUGGGGUGGUUGGUUCAUGGCAUAAUGUGGACAAAAAAGUGGGUCUGAUAAAURUCUAUAAUCCUCAGGCUCAAUCGCUUAAGGCAAGAGUCUGGGAGGAUCUUAGCUYGGUAAUUCAAAGUGCUCCAGACGUUAUCUGGGUAAUUUUGGGGGAUUUCAAUGCAGUUCGGUAUCCUGAAGAAAGAAUGGGAUCUAUUUUCAACUCUAAAGAGGCUUUGGAUUUUAAUAAUUUUAUUUCUUCUUCUGGGCUUCUUGACAUUAGUUUUUGUGGUAGGCGCUUCACCCGAUUCAGCAAAGAUGGUUCCAAGCUGAGCAAGCUUGAUCGUUUUCUGUUACGUAUCUACUUAAUUAGAUGGUGGAAGAAUUUGGAUCUAUCUACCAAGCUACCUUAUGUUCGAGAUAGAUUGGUUGAAGGCUACUUCUGGAUGGCAUAUCGUAGCUACUAUACUAAAGAGAUGGUGAAAGAGUACACUAGAAAUCUCCUAACGGAAGCCAAAUGGGUUAAAGAGGGUUACAUUCCAACCAUAGAGGAACACAUGUCUGUGACCCUGGUAACUUGUGCUUAUGCCAUGAUCAUAGCGAAAUGUUAUGUUCAUGGACAUGAUUCUGUCACAGAGGAUACCUUUAAAUGGGUGUCCACAUAUCCUCCUCUUGUCAAAGCUUCAUGUUUGAUUUUAAGGCUCAUGGAUGAUAUUGCUACCUAUAAGGAGGAACAAGAAAGGAAYCAUUGUGCUUCUAGCAUCCAAUGCUACAUGAAGCAACAUGGUGUCUCGGAGGAGGAAACACGUGAAGUAUUUUCAAAACAAGUCGAAGAUGCGUGGAAAGUUAUAAAUCAAGAAUCCCUUAGGCCUACUGAUGUCCCGAUGCCUCUGCUUAUGCCUCCAAUCAACCUUGCCCGUGUCUGUGACGAACUUUAUUCUCGUGGCGACGAUUAUAAUCAUGCAGGGAAAGAAAUGAUCCAUUGCAUCGAAUCACUUCUCGUAAAUCCUAUAAAUCUGUAGAUUGGUUUAUGUUUGUGAUGGAGUCUCUUUAUUGGAUGCUACUAUUUCAACAUGUAUUUGUAAUAAAUAUUGUGGCUAUGCAUUUAGAGGACCUUUACUUAAUAAUCUGGGAAGAUCGUGUUGUAGAAUUAU